AUGGAGCGAUCUGGUGCUAGCACAUCCUCUGGAACGAGGUCAUUUAUUGAAUCAGUAGCUGGAAUACCACUACUUGUUCGCAUCACGAUUCUAGUGUAUAUAUUCUUCUUCAUUUUCAUCGCUCUAGGUCUUCCGAUAUUGUGCAGGACCGAUAUGGCAAAGAGAUGCCAAGGCAACAUAUCAAAUCGUGAACGAUUCUAUAUUCUCUAUCAUAUAAACAGAUUGCGCAAAGAUGUAGCCAGAGGAAAGGAAAAGAAAGCGUCAGGAGGCGAAUAUAUGCCUUCCGCAGUAGCUAUGUACAAACUUCAGUGGAGCUGUAUUCUCCAAUCAGAAGCGGCAAAACGUGCUGCAAAUUCAAAAGAUUUCCAUCAUAUAGUGCCUCAAGAUGGCGUAUAUGAAUACUAUGAAGCUUCGACCAAAUCUCCUUACGAAGUGGUCGAGGAUGCAUUCAUGUACUCAGUACGCUCUAAACUCACCGACCCAAGUUCCCUUCCAAAAGCUGAAAAGCAGCUUCUAACCGACACUUUUACCCACGUUGGAUGUGACUUAUUUAAGAGAGGAGGCGGUCAAAAGCUUAUAUGUAUUUUUGGCACCACGCUUGAUCAAGAUACUAGGGAAGAACCGUAUGUAGUGGGAGAACCAGGAUCAAAGUGCACCACAAAGUCGUUGGAACCUCUCAUGCCGCUAUGUAUUUAUACAGAAAAGAAACGAAAAAGCUCUUCAAACAAGUGA